AUGCCGCGCAAUUUCAAGCCCUCGUCACUCCACCACCGCAACGUCAUACUCUUUCUCCAUCUAUCUGGCCAAGAACCAGCGGAUAUCGAUAGACGUCUGAAGGAAGUUUACAAGGAGCACGCCCCCGCUAGAAGUACAGUCUACAAGUGGCACUCGAAGCUCGCGUCGGGCGACUAUUCCAUUGAAGAUGAAAACCGUUCGCGACGCCCGAUAGAGUUGGAUUUGGUCUUGCUGCGGAGACAAGUGGAAGCCGAUCCGUUCCAAACCACACGCGAACAGACAGUCGCUCUUGGGAUGAGUCAAACCACAGUUGUUCGCGGAUUGAAGCCUAUCGCCGAGCAUGGACUGCCGCCUGAUACGGCGCUUUCUCUUCUCACGCUCAAGCGCACCCACACUUGGCUUGAGCACAUAGCCACCGGGGAUGAGAAGUGGAUUUUCUAUUCUAACACUUACCGGCGUGCCCAAUGGGUUGACAAAGUGACCGCAGAUGUCUACAUUGAGCAACUAAAGAAUUUGAAGACAAAUCUCGAAAAUGCGCGUCCGCAGCAGCGCGAAGUCUACUUCCAGCACGACAACGCUCGGUCGAACAUUGCAAGAACGACCAAAGCCGAACUGAUGAAAUUCGACUUCCAAACCCGCGACGACAUCAAAAAGGCAUUCGAGCAGUUCUUCAAGGAGCAGUCCCAAGCGAUUCUGGAGCAAGGGCAUCUACGAUCUGCCUAA